AUGAGUCACCGUAAGUACGAAGCGCCUCGCCAUGGCUCCCUUGGCUUCUUGCCCAAGAAGCGCGCCGCCCGCCACCGCGGCAAGGUCAAGUCCUUCCCCAAGGAUGACCCCAAGAAGCCGGUGCACUUGACGGCCGUCAUGGGCUACAAGGCCGGCAUGACCCACGUCGUGCGCGACCUCGACCGUCCCGGCUCCAAGAUGCACAAGCGCGAGAUUGUCGAGGCAGUUUCGAUUGUCGAGACGCCGCCGAUGAUCGUCGUCGGCGUUGUCGGCUACGUCGAGACGCCGCGCGGGCUUCGCACGCUGACGACGGUCUGGGCGUCGCACUUGUCGGACGAGCUCAAGCGCCGGUUCUACAAGAACUGGUACCGCUCCAAGAAGAAGGCCUUCACGCGCUACGCCAAGAAGCACGCUGAGGACGGCGGCAAGAGCAUCGCACGUGAGCUCGAGCGCAUCCGCAAGUACUGCACCGUCGUCCGCGUCCUCGCACACACCCAGAUCCGCAAGACCGGCCUCGCACAGAAGAAGGCCCACUUGAUGGAGAUCCAGGUCAACGGCGGCUCCAUCCCCGACAAGGUCGAGUUCGCACAGGGCCUCUUCGAGAAGCCCGUCGAGGUCUCCUCCGUCUUCGAGCAGGACGAGGUCAUCGAUGUCAUCGCCGUCACCAAGGGUCACGGCUUUGAGGGUGUCACCCACCGUUGGGGUACCAAGAAGCUUCCUCGCAAGACCCACAAGGGUCUCCGCAAGGUCGCUUGUAUCGGUGCAUGGCAUCCUUCCAAGGUCAUGUUCUCCGUCGCCCGUGCCGGUCAGAACGGUUACCACCACCGUACGGAGCUCAACAAGAAGAUCUACCGUAUCGGUGCCGCCGACGACGAGGGCAACGCCUCGACCGACGCCGACAUCACCAAGAAGACCAUCACGCCCAUGGGUGGCUUCCCCCACUACGGUGUCGUCAAGAACGACUACUUGAUGCUCAAGGGCUCCAUCCCCGGUACCAAGAAGCGCGUGGUCACUCUCCGCAAGUCUCUCAUGGUCCACACUUCGCGCCGUGACCUCGAGAAGGUCCAGCUCAAGUUCAUCGACACGUCUUCGAAGUUCGGCCACGGUGCCUUCCAGACGUUCGAGGAAAAGGCCGCGUUCAUGGGAACGCUCAAGGCCCGCGACUGA